AUGUCGAAGCAAUUCGAGAUUCCACCAUUCCCAAUCGUCACGACGCCAUUCUUGUUGCGGUAUCUUUCGGCGUUGUUCGACGCGGCGCAGAGAAAAUACAACACUCAAGUGGAGUUCAUCGCCGUACCGUAUCUCCCGGAUGUCACUUUCUCCUUCCCUCCACCACCUCCCACACUUCAGCAUGCCAUCCAAAUGCUAUCCGGCGAUGAGUCAUCACCAUCCGUCUCUCCCUCAACUACAGUAACCACCUACAGUACUCCUUCCUCUCCAGAUCGGAAAGCAAAGACGAAAUUUGGAAGUUAUCCACCGGCUUGCCAAUGCAAAGUGUGCGGAAAGGAGUUCAGUCGACAAUGGCUUCUGCAGGGACACUUGAGAACUCAUACUGGGGAGAAACCAUUCCAAUGUGAAAUCUGCUGCAAACGAUUUGCUGAUAAGAGCAAUUUGAGAGCCCACGUUCAAACUCAUUCAGGUACCAAACCACACAAAUGCUCCAGAUGUGGCAAGAGUUUCGCUCUCAAGUCCUACCUUUCGAAGCACGAGGAAUCAAAGUGUCUCGUUCGUCAAUAA